AUGUCCGUUAAAAUUUUUAUGAAAUCAACAGAAAGCAGCGAUAUAGAAAAUAUUCUUGAGUCACAAACUUGGAAAAAAGCUUCAAAAUCAACUAAAUCCCCUCCCCGUUAGCUAACAAAAAGUUUUUUAUAUAUAUAAUUUUUUAUGAAAAAAAAAUGUUUUGAUAUAUAAGUGAUAAUAAAAUCUCUAUCUAAUUCUGUUUGAUUUUGAGCAGCCUUUAAUUUUUCAAUUGGGAUAUUUCUAUUUUCUAAAAAAAUUUCUAUUUAUAUCAAUUUUUUACUCACUCACAGAAGGGGUAGUAAGGCUUGAUCUACCUUGUCAUAUCAUAACGAACCGAAGAAAGCGCCAAUUUCAUUACUACCAAAAAUAUCAUCUCGUCAGAGUAAUAGAAAUAAUACUGACCUAUCAUUGAUGAACAACCCUUUUAUAGAUUUAAAUCAGAUCACUGCGAAUAUUAAACUAAUUGAAAAGCUGUCUUCCAAGAAGCCAAAAGAAACUGAGAUUUCUGACCUUAAUAAGUCAAUAAGGGUUCCUGCUUUCCCUAAAAAGCCAUUUGGAAUGCAUACCCAGAGUUUAAAUUCAAGUUUAUUAUUUACUGAAGUGAAAAAGAAACAUAUCAUAAAUACAAGCUUGAUCGAAGAUGAUAUAAAAUUAAUCAAGUCUAUACAUGGCAGGCAUGUAAGCUGUAAAAAUAAUAAGAUCGAAAUAUUUGGGCCAAAAGUGCAGCUAAAUAAGAUUAGAAGAUCUGCAACAACUGUGUCUAUACCUAAUUUUUCGUCAGAAAAAUGGGUUAAGAAAAGAACUUUAAAUUUUACUUACUCCCUCCGUGAGUGAAUAAAAUCAUUGAAAAACCCUUACUUUUUUUGCUAUGAAAAAAUUUUUUAUAUAUAAGUAAUGAAAUCUCUAGCUAUAUUUUUUAAACAAAUUGCUUUUAAAACAUAAAUUUUACAAAUUAAAAUAAUUCUUACUUCCCAAUUUUUACGAAUUGGGACUUUUUUAAAUUUCUUAAAAAAAAAACUUUAUAUUAAAAAAAAUAGCCCUCUGCUAGCAAUCAAAAUUGUUUUGUUCGUUCAUGGAGGGGAAUUUAUAAUUAUGAUGGUAAGUAA